GGCCGUCGGUCAGUCGUGUGUGACGGGGUGACGAUGAGCGUCAGCAGGUCGGUGUAUCUGAUCAGAUCAGGAUGUUUGCUGACGAGAUGGCGACAAUUUCCUGUGGACUUGCAGACCAGAAGUAAUACAGCCAUAUAUUGUAGUAGACUGUGCAGCAGUGCAAGUCCAGACAAGAUGGCAGCCCGUAUACCUGAUCCUGACGUAAUAUUUGCAUCUGAUGACGAGAAGACAUUCCAGUUUCAGAGUGGUCUCCCCUCACUUCCUGUUCCAGACCUACAAAAUACACUCAGGAAAUACCUCGAUUCAGUGAAGCCCCAUGUAACACCAGAAGAGUACACACGUACUGAGUCCAUCGUCCACCAGUUUGGAUCAGGGGUGGGCCAGGAGCUUCAACAGAAACUACAAAACAAGGCACAGAACUCCAGGAAUUGGCUGGAGAAAUGGUGGGAAGACAUGGCCUAUUUUGAGGGUCGUUACCCUAUUGCACCACUCGUCAACCUUGGGGGAUUGUUUCCCUAUGCUAACCACUGUUAUCCUGCCAAGGCUGGAACACAGAUCGAACGGGCAGGGAUGAUCCUUCAUUAUACACUCAAGUUCUGGGAACUCAUCAGAAAAGAGAGGCUGAAGUCUGAGAAGGAUAACAAGGGGAAACGACUCUGUAUGUCACAGUUUAAGAGGGCAUUUAACACCUGUCGAAUACCUGGGGUGAACAAGGACAGACUUCUCUCCUACUUCCUAACAGACUCACAGGGAACCUCUCCUGGCCACCUGACUGUGAUGUGCAAGGGACAUAUAUUUGUGUUUGAUGCUGUGGAUGCUGACGGUGAAAUUCUGACCCCACCUGCAAUCCAGUCCCAGUUACAAAGGAUCAAGGAUAAGUGUGAUAAUCAGCCAGAGGGCCUGGGACUAGGGGCCCUGACAGCAGAGGAACGCACAACAUGGGCAAAGACGAGAAAUCAACUGGCUGCCCUCCACCCUAACAACUACACAAACCUCGAACUCAUUCAGUCCAGCAUUAUCAAUGUAGCCCUUGAUGAUAACCAGCCGAAGGACAACUCGGAGAUGUUCUAUGUCACACUAGCCGGUAAUCCUGUAAAUCGCUGGUUUGACAAGAGUAAUACCUUUGUCUUCUAUGAGAAUGGCCUGGGAGCAGCUAACUGUGAUCAUGCACCUUGUGAUGGUAUGAUGUUUGUUACCAUGCUGCUGUAUACUGACCUUCACAUCAUGAGGUGUAAAGGACAAUGGAAGGGAACCAAGGAGAUUCAUGAACAACCACUGCCUGUGGAGCUAGAGUUCCAUGUGAAUGACAAUAUAUUGUCGGCUAUAGAGCAUGCAAAAAUGGUCUACAAGACAUCUGCAGACAACCUAGUAUGCCUUACCCGUGAAUACACAAAAUAUGGCAAAACAUUCCUGAGGUCAAAGAACUUACAUCCGAGUACUCAUAUGCAGAUGGCUCUUCAGUACACCUACUACAAAAUGUACAAAAAGCCAGCUCCUACGUAUGAGACAGCAACAACACGAAGAUACUUCCAUGCAAGGACAGAGACACUGAGGUCCUGUACACAGGAGGCAUUGGACUGGAGCAAGGCGAUGCUUGACCCCACGGUGAAGGACGAGACGCGAAAACAGCUGUAUUUGGUGGCGACCAGCAAGCACAACCGCCUGAUGGAAGACGCUAAACACCUCAAAGGAUGUGACCGACACCUCCUGGGUUUAUCCUGUAUAGCCAGAGAGGAGUCUCUCCGGACACCAGACCUCUAUCAGGAUCCUGCUUUUACCAGGAGUGGAGGUGGGGGUAACUUUGUUCUCUCCACGAGUUUUGCCGGAUACACACCAACAUCAGGGGCUGUGGCGCCAAUGGUGGAGCAUGGAUAUGGGAUCUUCUACAGGAUUGGACAUGACAGAAUAGUGCCUAUCAUCACAAUGUGGAAGUCCAGCCCCGAGACAGAUUCUGCCAAGUUUUGUGAGUUGCUGUUUCAGAGUUUGGAUGAGAUGGGAGACUUGUUCAACAUAUCCCAGUCUAAACUCUAAUACAGAUAACAAUGGGGUGAUGUGGUCAUUAUCACAUUCUAAAGGAGAAAGGACUCUGUAAAUGAUUUUUAGAAUUAACAUCACUCCUAUUGUACAAUCUCUGCUGAGAUACACAAGGUUGUGUAAAGGUCAUUGGUUACAGUGAUGAAGGUCACUUGUAUGGCCUUGUAAUAUCGACUUUGCUGAAAUAAUAGAUAUAUGUGUUGUACAUUUAAUAGAUAUGAUAAAAUGUUACAUUGUAUGUUUGUAUAAUUUCAAAUUAAGCUUAGCAUUUGUUCAUGAAAGAAGUAAGAAUGCAUGUGCUAAUAAUUUUACAUUUUACACUUAGUACAGAUAUAUAGACUUACACCGAUAAUGAAUGUAGUUUAAAUUCAUUAUCAUUGUAUUUAUUUAAUUAUACAUGUUGAUUUGGUAUGGUUUAGUAUUUAAAAUCAUAUCAACAGCCAACGAUAGCCUCCUGUGUGUGUAAGAUGCAUGUGUGUAGAGUAUGUGUUUUUUGGAGACCGGUAUGUUUGUCUCCUUGUGAUAGCGUGGAACUGAUACUGACUUUAUAGUGCUACCUCACCGAAACAUACUGCCAAAGACACCUAGCUUGACAUCCCACCUGCUACUAUAUCAUACUCAGAAGUAGCAACUACCAUUAGCUGGCCGAGACAAAAUCCAGUUGAGCUAUUGUUACUAUGCCAUUGUCAACAGAACCCAAAGUCUUUUUCACAUGGGCAAAUGCUAUAACUAAAGGCCAUUAGGAAGAAGAAAGUUGUUAAGAAAGGAGAGAAAAGAUAAGAUCCCAAAUUUAGUCGUCUCUUAUGAUCAUGCAAUGGGGGCAGCAGGUUCAGUUCUUCAGCUGUACCUAUGAAACUUACGGAUGUAUUGUUUUACUCUCUUUCUUAUUAAGCCCCUCAAACAAAGUUUGGGGAUUUCUUCUUAAGCCAUGAAUGUUUCCAGAGCUUUUCUCCAGAACCACUGGGCUGAUCAUCAUCAAACUACACAGACAUAUUCAUUAGGGAUUCUAUAUGUUCAUCAAGCUAUUUUUAACUUGAUCAGAAAUCCAAAAUGGUUGAUGGAGUCUCCUUCCAGUUUCGCAGACUAUUGGCUAUAAUAGCUGUUCUAUUAAACUGAUUUUGGUCAAACUUGUUUAAUUGCUGCGGCAUUGCCUAUUAGAUGAAGUUGAAACCAUAACAAAAUUUUGUUGCCACAGUAAUGAGAAUGAUGCUUCUGAUUGGUCGAAACUUAAGAUAUUGUCAGAUUUAGCUAAAAAUUGGUACAUAGGAUUUUAGGGAGGCCAAUCACUAUGGUAAUACAUUGCAGAUCAUCAUGUUGUAUCAAAGGAUCGAAGGUCUGGCUACCCAAGGGCCAAAGUAAAUCCUUUAAAUCACUUCUAUUCCUGAACGACUGAAAGCACUUGAUCAAAUUUCGCCUGAUUUAUUAAUGGGCAAAGGAUCAAAACGAUCAAAUUUUGUAUAAAAUAUGGGUGUUAAUCCUCUAGGACUGAAGGGGCAGGUCACAACUAGGGAAAGAUAGAUAAAUCUAUUAAAAUACUACUAGUCAUGAUCAACUGAAUGGAUUCUGAUCACCUUUCGUCUGUAUCAUUAUUGGUUGAAGGAGAUCAAAUGUAUUAGUAGCGAACUGGCCCAAUACUGGCGAAUUCUUUAGAAUCCUCCUUCUUUAAGAAUGAUAGGAUUCAGUUCAAAUUUGGUUUGAACCAUAGUUGGGAGUGACAGCUCAAAAUAUCCAGGUGUGCAAUGCAGGCCCUCUGGGCCUCUUGUGUAUGAUAUUAUAAUAGGAAAGAUGAUUAUUACAAACAAAUGUUGUUGUUUUUUGUAUAAUUAUAUGGUCCACCAGAAAGAAGAAAAUUAUUGCAAGCCAAGCAUUUUAUACAGUAUUAUGCAUACAUAUUUCGUUUUCAAUAUAUAUUGUAUUUUGAAGUAGCUUGUGAUUUAGUUAAAUUAUAAGGUUGAACAUCAAUUUUUUAUUUUUUGAAGCUUACAUAACUUUUACAAUGAAUAAAAUAUCUAACUAUCA